AUGAUGGGUGAAUCAGAUAGUAGUGGAAAUAUUACUAAGCUCGAGGUGGAUUUAAAACCAGGCACAGAAGAGAAGCGAAAGAGAAAACGCAAGGUUGUUGUGGUUGAAGCAAACGUUGGGAUGAACCGAAACGAUGGAUCCGAUAGUAUGGGAAAGCCCGUUGGGGAAACCGCACAAACCGAGCAAACACCCGCCGGUCUUUCCCGCAUUUAA